CAAUAUGUCAGAGUUGGAAUGCUUUGACAGCAUGUCACCAAAUCUCCAGAAAACAGCAACGUAAAACACGAAUGACCAGGGAUAAAGAAUCCUUCACCUCUUUAAUAUGGACAAAUACGAAAAGGUAAAGAAAAUUGGUGAAGGUUCAUUUGGAAAAGCUAUUCUUGUAAAAUCCAAAGAAGAUGGACAUCAAUAUGUUAUCAAGGAGAUCAACAUAUCUGGGAUGUCAAGUAAAGAGAGACAGGAAUCUCGAAAAGAAGUUGCUGUACUUGCCAACAUGAGCCAUCCCAACAUUGUUCAAUAUAAGGAAUCUUUUGAAGAGGGAGGCUGUCUGUACAUUGUGAUGGACUAUUGUGAGGGUGGAGACCUCUUUAAGAGGAUCAAUUCCCAGAAGGGACUGCUUUUUUCAGAGGCGCAAAUACUUGACUGGUUUGUGCAAAUUUGCCUAGCUCUGAAACAUAUACAUGACCGAAAAAUACUCCACAGAGAUAUCAAAUCACAGAAUAUUUUCUUGAAAAAAGAUGGCACGGUCCAGCUUGGUGACUUUGGAAUUGCGAGAGUGCUCAAUAGCACUGUAGAGCUGGCAAGGACAUGCAUUGGGACACCAUAUUAUUUGUCACCAGAGAUUUGUGAAAACAAACCCUACAAUAAUAAAAGUGAUAUUUGGGCCCUAGGGUGUGUCCUGUAUGAAAUGUGCACUCUUAAGCAUGCUUUUGAAGCUGGAAACAUGAAAAACCUAGUGCUGAAAAUCAUCCGAGGUUCCUACCCCCCAGUGUCCGUUCAUUACUCCCUGGAACUGCGCUCUCUUUUGGGUCAGCUGUUUAAACGCAACCCCAGAGAAAGACCCUCAGUCAGCAUCAUCCUGGACAAACCCUUCCUCUCCUCCAGGAUAGAGCGCUUCCUCACACCACAGAUAAUUGCUCAGGAAUUUCACCAUACCUUUAUUCACAAGCAGCCUAAAGCAAGUGGGGGACAGGGGCAACCAGUCAAGCGCCCUGCUCCUGGUGCCAUUCCACUUGCCCCAGCCCAGAAGAUCACCAAACCAGCCUGCAAAUACGGAGUGCCUUUAACCGCGAAGAAGGUGCCGGAUGUUGCUAAGAAAGCUGUGGACAAAAAAACAGCUGUCAAACAAAAACUGGCCCCUCCCCUCGCAGCCCCCCAGAGGAGAGUGAGUCAAGUGGAGGAAGAGAGAAAAAAACACGAGGAAGGUAUGAGGAAGAAGAGGAUAGAACUGAUUGAGAAGGAGAGAAAACACAGAGAGCAGAUGUUCCUGUUGAAGGCAGAGCAAAUGAAGAGAUAUGAAAAGGAAAAGAUCAAUCGGAUAAACCAGGCCAGAGAACAGGGAUGGAAGCAUGUCUUGAGUUCCAGCGGUGGAAGCAGUCCAGAAAGGAAGUGCUUUGUUGGUGGUGCUAAAGGUGCUUUACCUGUCAGCCCCCGUCAUGUCCCAAGCUCUGCCAUGGGACACCCCCCUGCUCCUCAAAACAAAAGUUCCUAUGACCAAAUUGCUAAAAAGUCAAAAGAUGAUGGAUCCUCUGCAAGCAGUGUUGCUGGUGUUCCACCUGCCGCUGGCCCAAUGCGACCCAAUGGCACUGACAAAGUAAACCAUGAUCUUAUCAAACAGGAACUACUGAGGCUGCAGCAUGGUUCAAAGCAGGCCCACAUCAAUAGACAUCGUGGUCAUGUGCCCACUGAACGAGCUUUUCAAGUUGAAGAGUUUUUACAACGAAAAAGAGAGGCCCUGAUCAACAAAGUGCGCGCUGAGGGACAGCUGGAGUACUUGGCACGGCUGAGGCAGAUUCGGUUGCAGAACUUCAAUGAACGGCAGCAGAUCAAAGCGCGGCUCAGAGGGGAGAAGUAUGACAGCGAUGGAUCUGACAGUCAGGAGUCCAGCGAGGAGGCGGAGCUCAAGAGGAAGAAGAUUGAAGCUGUUAAGGCACAAGCCAAUGCCCGUGUGGCUGUCCUGAAGGAACAGCUGGAAAAGAAGAGAAGAGAGGCCCAAGAGAGAGAGAAGAAAGCAUGGGAGGUAUAUCUGGCAGCCCGGGGGAAGAAGGUUGGCCCUGUAGUAUCCAGUGCUGUAGAGACAUCUUCCAGUUCAGAUGCUCCUCUGGCUGAUCCCUGUAAGCCUGAGCCCGCACUGCCCUUCUCCUCUCCCUCCACUCCAGCUAUAUCCAUGACUGCUGCCCUCCACAACGUCGGAGCUAUGGCACCGAAAGAGACAGCAGCUGAACCAGAGGGUGAACUAGCCACCCAGAGUGAGAAAAGGCAGAUUUUGCGCAGACUGAAUGAUAAUUUAAAGGCACAGAGUUUGGUGGAGGAAGUAGAAGAGACCGUCACUGCUGAACCCAUUGCUCCUCCUCCACUCCCCCCUCUACCUUCCAACGGAGACAGGAGGAAAUGGGAUCCAGCCCAGGUGCCUGAGCUUCCUGUAAAACACACUUUCACUGAAACAUGUGCCACUACCGCCACCAUCUUCACUGAAUCUCCAGAAGAACAGCCUUGCUCUGGAGGGGACAGGAAAAAGUGGGAUGCUGGAGUUCCACUUAUCCUUCCUGCAGCUCAAACUUUAGGGGAAACCUGUGUCACAACUAUUGACCAUACAGUUGAUGAAGUUUCUCAGUUAAGUGUCCUUCAAGAUGAGGGCCCAAGAAAAAUGUGGGGAGUGAAUCCUGACACUCAGGUUCUGAAGAUCCUCCAAGAGGCCGAACUGCAGCCGCUCACCCAGAAACUGGAGAACGCUAGCAUCUGCGAUGGAGAGCUGUUCAUAAGUGUUUCAUCAAACAAGGUCGUGGCGGUUGAAGUUAUACGGAUGCCCCAAGACGCACUGACCCUUGACCCUGAUCCAGCUAUGGAUGUUCAGAGCCCAGAUGUUCAGAAAGACAGCGCUGUUACACCACACGUCCCCCAUGAGAAAACCACUGAGGCCAGCCAGGACAGCACUAUACUGCCAGCAAACCUCACAGACACACAGGACCCAGCAGACGUGGAGUCAUUAGUUUUGGAGGAACAGCCAAAGCCAUUUGAACCUCCUCCAGCUGAUGUGCAGCAGGCCUGGGAGCAGAAAGUACAACCACCACUACCAGCAGGUGGCGAUGAAAGACCACCAAACCAGUUUGAUGUUGAGAAGCCUGUGGACAAACCAGCAGCAGUGGCUGGAGUUCUACAGAGCGAGGAGCCAUUGUUUAUGAAGUUGUGUUCACCGGCCCAUCGUCGCACCGCUGCCCUGGCCCUGCUCUCUGCUCAGUCCUCUGCAGAUGAGUCCUCGUCCUCUCUGGCCUCACGCUCUCGCUCAGUCUCACCUCUACGUUCCAAGCACCAUGACUCCCUCCUUAUAGGCCUCUCCACAGGCAUGUUCGAUGCCAACAACCCCAAGAUGCUGCGGACGUGCUCCUUACCGGACCUCAGCCGUUUCUCCAGCUCACAGCGAGACGUGGAGGUGCACAGUAAUGCAAAUGUAGCCCCGGAAAACAACCUGGAGAUAGAAGACCUGGAGGACCCCACUAAGGAUGACGACCAGUCUGAGCCGGAGGAUGUAUAUGAGGAUGAGGACUUGCGGGACAUCCGGGCCUCGAUGGAGAGACUGCUGCAGGAGGAGGGAGACCUGAUGGGAUGCCCUGCAGAGAUGGGAGUGGGCGAUUUUAAUGGGAAUCCCCCUGAUGUACAGCAACAUCAGGAGCUUUUCCAGAGGUUUGCCACCGAGAUGGAACAGAACAACCUGAUGGCUGUAGAUGAUGAUGAGGAUGAGGAGGGUGAAGAGGAGGAGGAGGAUGAAGAGGAGGACGAAGGCUUAAAUGGUAGCCCAGGCGACGAAGAGGAUGCAGGGCUGCUGCUGAGUAACGGAGUGGUAGGAGGGAGCCACAGCAACAACAGGCAGCUCAAUGAAGAGUGGCAUUCGGAUGGCAGUGGUGAGGAUCAGUGCAGUGAACCUGAGCAUCAAGACAGUAUUUUCAGCCGACUGGAGGAGCUGCGCUACAACCUGGAGCAGCAGAUGGGUUUCGAGAAGUUCAUCGAGGCCUACAACAAGAUCAAGGCAAUACACGAAGAUGAAGAUGAGAACAUCGACCUCGGCUCCAGUUUGGUCCUGAACAUUUUGGGAACAGACCACCAGCACCUCUACCCUAACAUCCUGCACCUGGUCAUGGCCGACGGGGCAUAUCAAGAAGAUAAUGACGAGUAACACUUGGGACAAUCUGCCUGCUGUGUAUGGUCUUCCCAUGGCAUACACAAUCGUUGGUGGGAUCUAUGCAUGAAGCGCUGUGCAUCCGACAGCUGCAUGAAAAAUGACUGUUUUUCCUACUUUGACUAUCCACCCCCUGUCUUCUCUAAUCAGUGUAUCAGAAGUGCAUUAAGAAGUCUAUGUGUCUAUUAUUAACCAAAGUUGACCCGAGGUUUGGAUCAAAUAUUUAUGAAUGUCCCAUGUGUAGACGAAUGACACUACCUUGUUCUGAAGUUGAUACAUUUUCUCUACUCUCUGCAGCAGUGGUUUUCAAACUAUGGCACAAAGUAUUUUGUACAAAGUUUCACACCCGCUGCUCUCCGGUGCUCUCUUUCCACCAUUUCACAAUAUUAUUAUACAACCAAUUAACCUCUUUUUUAUUUUAUUUCUCUUUUCACUAAAUGUGUAGCUAGAGCCUGACGUAUUUCCUAUUUGUAUAAUGCCUCCAGUUCUAAUCAAAUUGUGUCUUGUUGAAUGUUGUAUGUUGGUACUGUAGCAAAGGUCGCAGGGUCGAAGUAACAAGACAAUUCAGGUAACAGUAAGUGCUGCGCUGCACUGAUGCAGUAAGCAAUGGAGUAAAUUAUAAUAAUAUUUGUUAUUAAAUUAUGUAAAUCUUUAUAUUAAUAAACACUUUUUCAAAUAA